AUGGAUCCUUCGCAGUGGAUUGAUGUCGUCGAGGACAAGUUCAAGUACAAGCUCGAUCACUUUGUUGUUCCCGGGCAUUACAAGGAUGAUGUUGAGAGCAUCCUGAUCCCUCAUGGAAUCAUUAUGGACCGGAUCGCCAAGCUGGCACAGAUUAUCACAUCCGAGUAUGAUAACGAGCGUGUUGUCGUCGCUUGUGUGCUCAAGGGCGGCCACCAGUUCUUCAGCGAUCUUGUCAAUCUUAUGAAGAAGGCGCUUAACAAGGAGGGCAAGACUUUGCCAAUGACCCUUGACUUUAUCCGCGUCAAGAGCUACGAGAACGACAAGUCGACGGGCAACGUGCACAUUUCGAUGACCGAGAAGGAGCUCAAGGAGCUCAAGGGAAAGAACCUUUUGCUUGUCGAGGAUAUUAUUGACACGGGUAAGACGAUGCAGAGGCUGCUCGAGACACUGUCCAAGUAUGAGCUCAAGUCAGUCAAGGUGGCGUCGCUGCUUCUCAAGAAGACGCCCCUGUCAUGUGGGUACGUUCCUGACUACGUUGGAUUUGCUGUGCCCGAUCUGUUUGUCGUAGGCUACUGCCUCGACUACAACGACAUUUUCCGCGACCUCGACCAUAUUUGCGCCAUCAGCGAAACGGGAAAGAAAUCGUACGCCGUGUGA